CUAAUACGCCUUUCGUAUUUAGUUUAGCCUACGUAUUAGACAUUAAGUGAAUGCAUAACAUUUUGAAUUAAAAUGAGCAUCAUUUUGUGCCUGGGAUGUUUAUGAAAUGCCGUAUAUUUAUGUGGCUCGUGCUUAGCAGUCUCCCCUCCGGAUCAGUGGUACAGUCUCACAGAUUUCAUUCAUAAAAAUCUGCCUCACUAUAAAGACAAGCAGCGCGGAUGGCUGGUGCCUCCUAGCGUAGUAACCUCAAUCUAUCUUUUUUUUCUAAUAUAAAAAAACACCCCCUGCAGAAUAGCAUUUGUUGACAUUAGUCACAUAUUGAUCUGGUUCCCAGCAUCUCCUGGCAGAAGUGAUGCCUAAAACCGCGAGUGUUUCUCAGGUGUCUGCAGAACAGCUGCUGCACACAUCAGCUGCUGAGAUGAAGGAUACGCAGAAGACAGGUAUUCUGAAGGAUGCUGAUGCUCCCUUUGUUCCAACGGUCACUGCUGUAGCUUCAGCUCCAGAUCUCAAGUGGAUGGUCCUGUCGACUGACAUCUCUUCAGUGUCACCCUGCAGACACGAGAAACCACACAGCUCAUCUCACUCCACAGACGCCAAAACAGCUCGAAAGACCUUCACUGGCCGGAGAAAGGGGGUGAAAGAUCAGCUUACUCCAGAGGAAGAGGAGAGGAAGAGGAUCAGAAGAGAAAGGAAUAAACUCGCGGCGGCCAAAUGUCGAAAUCGUAGGCAAGAACUAACCAACAGUCUCCAAGCUGAAACCGAUAGUCUCGAGGAGGACAAAGCAGCUCUGCAGUCUGAGAUCGCCAAUCUGUUAAAGGAGAAAGAACGUCUCGAACUCAUCCUUUCUGCUCACAAACCCCUCUGUAAGCUCUCGGAGGAGAGGGAGGCGGAGGCCGAGGAACAAACCCAAGCCCAGGACGAGCAGACUCAAGCUCCCACCGCAUCCCCAGAACAGGUGCCCAGCUCCCCUCAGCAGCUCGACCCCCCCAGCACUGCCAUCUUCGGGGACUCGGACGUCCUUCUGUGUUCCAGUGCCGAGCUGGGCGCCGCUGAGGUGGAACCGUACAUCGAUAUGAGGGAUGUGUCCAUGGAAGACAUUAGCAACGUGAUGGACAGCGGCGAUGACAUGGAUCUGUUAGUGCCAGACAUCGACCUCACUAGCUCUCUGGGCCUGAGUGAAUGGGAAACCCUGUACAUGUCAAUGGGUGGAGGGUUAGAACCUCUCAGCUCGCCUGCAUGCAGCAGCACCGACGCUGUGCCCGUCUUCAGCUUCAACAAUGCAGAGGAGGAGAAGCAUGACACCGGCAAAGAGGGCAAACCUAAUGCAGCCAAAGAAAUCUUGAAGACUUUAUGAAGGCCCUGCCACAUCAAUCUUAAAAAUAAAGGUUCCUAAAGGUGGUUUUACCAGUGAUGCCAUAACAGAACUUUUUUAGUUUCCCAAAGAGAACAUGUGAAUAAUCUAAAGAACUUUUGUGCAAGUGAAAGGUUCCGUGGAUGCUUCAUAAAUGCCAAUAAAGAACCUUUAUUUUUAAGAGUAAAAUAUUCCGAAGAAGAAGAAGAAGGGUAUAAAAUAUAUAUAUUCUCUUGAUGAACCGAAAACCCCUCAGAAAAAAAAAUGCUUUCAUAAACGAGUCUCAACAUUUACAAAAAUAUAUAGUGGAUGCUGUGCAGUAGAUGUAAUGUGAUCUUUACAUCCAGUGAGUGAAGUCACUGUUUGUUUCUUCCAGAUGUUGACAUUGUUGAGUACGUUGUUCAUCCUGUGAAAGACUUGCUUUCAUGCACUUUUGUACCAAUAGGUACGUGUAACUGUAUCAGUUGAUGUGGUGAAGUACAGUGCAGUCUGUUACACCGUGUCUAAGUCUGUGACUAACUGUGUAAUUCUGUAAUUCUGACCAUGGUGGCAAAAAAAAACCUUUAUGCA